UGACCUGUAAUUCUUUUCUUCUCCUUUAGGUAUCCUUGGUACAUUGAGUGUUUUAUUCUCCCUCUCGUUCUCCCACCACCCACCACUCUUUUUUCUUUUUUUGUUGUUAUUCUUUUUACUAUCUACCAUAUCACCAUGUCUUCCAGUCGCCCUAAUUCAUCUAAAGCAUCAAAAAAGUCUCUAGACUCAUGCCUGUAUCCCGAAUUGAGCGUCAAUCGCAGACGCAAGUUAACCGCACCAGCUGCGGUUGCGGCCGCUAGCGCGAAGAAGCGUACCUCCACCGACGCACAGCUCGAGGACGAGGACAACGACGACGAUGACAAUGACGUCAAUAGUCACGACAACAACAAUCACAACAAGGAUUUGGACAAUGACAAGGAGAAUAACAAUGGGACCAAGACCCAGCCUCGGGCUCUGUAUAGGUCCAAGCCGCGCGAACCUCCCACCAAGAACUGCGACGAGGUCCGGCAGGAGAUACGGGAUCUUAUCGACUCGAAGAUGAUGCCGGCCGGGGCCUUCCAGUCCGCCAUCAACGUGUCAGCCAAGUCAUAUCGAGAUUUCAUGAGCCAGUCCGGCCCGCACAAGGGGUCGCGGUCGGCGACGUAUAUCAAUGCCGCAGAGUGGUUCAGAUGCCGGCGGGACCACGGGAUCGUGCGGCAGCGGCCGGCCUUGACGGUUGAUGAAUCGCUUGGAAAUGCUGCCGCCGCUACGGUUACAGCUCCUGCUACGGCCACGGCUAUAGCUACGGUCACGAAGAAAAGAGCGAAGAAGGUUUCCGCGACCACAGUGGGGAGCGGUAGAGGUAGCCGUGCAGCAGAGCAGAACUCUGAGUAUGAUGUCUCUGGUAUUACAUUGGAGGAUGAGAGUGAUGAUGAGUUGGAGGUGCCGGUGUUUGAGACUUGUGACCGAGUCAGGCAUAUGAUUCGAGAGCACGUCCAGAAGCCUGGGGUUACCAAGGCCGGUUUCCUGCGGGACGCGGCCAGGGCGGCAUUCCCCAUGGGUGGGAAGACGAUCAAUUCCGGUUUGCUGCACCUCUUCCUCAAGCAGGAGGGGGCUCUUGUUGGCAACACGGGCAUGUUGUUCUAUGCGGCUUAUGUCUUCUUCGAGAAAUUGAGGAUAAAGAAUGGUGAGCCCAAGGAUGAUUUUCGACUGGCCAUGGAGGAGAUCUGGCCCUUCGGAAUCGAACGAGAGAGACCAGCCAAUGGACCCUGGAUAGUUGCGGCCGAUUCCCAACCUUAUAUCAAUGAAUUUGGGCAAGUCCGCAUCAUGCGCGACUAUGGUCGGUGAUGACGCUCGUGCAUAUCACAUAACCACUCAUGAGUGUCUGAUGUAGUUUGAACGAGUUCUUGAAUUGACUUCGACAGUAUCCUCAGUAGCAUGCGUUUUAGCUAGUCUUAAUGACUUGCUCUUUUUGAGG